AUGUUAUUGGGUGAAUAUGGAAUGCUAUCGUCCCCGGUUUAUUCAAUAGCGGAGUGUUGCAUAACUCGUUCCUCUCAUUCAGGAGAAUUGCAUUAUAUCCCUGAGAUUGAGAAAAUCGCAAGGAAACUAAGGAAAGAAACAAAGAAAAGAAAUAGCUCCUCGAGUUCUGAAGAGGUAAAUUCAACCCGUGAUCCAAUAAACGAGGAGGUUGUUGAUUUUGCUUUAAAAUCUGGUUCGAUUCAUUUACUCCCUAUUUUCCGAGGUUUGGCUGGUGAAGACCCACAUAAACACUUGAAAGAGUUUCAAGUAGUUUGUGCAGGUAUGAAACCACGUGGGGUGACUGAUGAGCAUAUAAGUCUUAGGGCAUUCCCAUUUUCAUUAAAAGAUAAAGCAAAAGAUUGGCUCUAUAAUCUUCCCCCCGAUUCGGUUAACACGUGGAAUGAUGUGAAAAAACUAUUUGUAGAAAAAUUCUUCCCCGCAUCUAGGGCAACUAAUAUUAGGAAGGAAAUAUAUGGGAUAAGGCAAUGUACAGGUGAAACAUUGUAUGAGUAUUGGGAAAGAUUCAAGGAGUUGUGUUCUAGCUGUCCACACCAUCAAAUCUCAGACCAACACUUGAUACAAUACUUUUAUGAAGGGUUGUUACCUACGGAUAGAAGUAUGGUAGAUGCAGCUAGUGGUGGUUCUUUGGCUGAUAAAACACCUGCUGAUGCUAGACAAUUAAUAUCAACGAUGGCAGAGAAUUCUCAACAAUAUGGGACACGUGCGGAUGGAUCUAUUUGUAGAGUUAACGAGGUAAGUACUUCUCAACUUGAAAAUAAAAUUUCAGAUUUGACUACUCUUGUGCGCCAAAUAGCUGUAGGACAAAUGCAAUCUACGGGAGCAUGUGGAAUAUGUUCAUUUGUUGGGCAUCCCACAGACAUGUGCCCAACAUUGCAAAAUCCAAAUCAAGAGUUGAAUGCAAUAGGUGGAUUUCCUGGUCAACCCAACCGAAAAUAUGAUCCCUUUUCAAACCAGUAUAAUCCCGGAUGGAGAGAUCAUCCAAACUUGAGCUAUGGUAACCAAGGAGCGCAACCACGGUUUCAAAGUCAAAAUUUUAGACAAUUCCAAGCACCUCAGCAAUCUCAACCCCAAGCUUCAAACUCUGGUACGUCUCUAGAUGAAAUUGUUAAAGCACUUGCUAAUAACACUCAACAGUUUCAACGAGAAACAAGAGCAAGUAUUCAACAAUUGGGCAAUCAAAUUUCCCAAUUAGCCACAUCUGUUAGCAAGUUGGAAGCCCAAGCUUCGGGGAAACUACCAUCACAAACGGAGGUGAACCCCAAAGAGAGUGUGAAUGCAAUCACAUUGAGGAGUGGUAAGCAACUUCAACCUGAAUCUCCAUUAUCAGUGGAAGAGGAAAAAGUGGAAAAAUUAAAGGAAGAAAGUGAGUUUAUCGUCAAUGAAAAAUCCAAGGUAAGUUUUGAAUCCUCUUUUGGUGAAUAUAAUUCAUCUCUAUCCCCUUUUCCUUCAAGGUUAGCAAAAUCAAAAGAAGAAGAACAUGAAAAUAAGAUUUUGGAAACCUUUAGAAAGGUGGAAAUCAACAUCCCUUUGCUAGAAGCAAUAAAGCAAAUUCCCAAGAAUGCAAAGUUUCUAAAAGAACUUUGUACCAAUAAGAGGAAGUUGAAGAGUAAGGAGACCAUCAUAUUGGGUAAGAAUGUUUCAGCCAUGAUAAGUAAUGAUCUACCUAAAAAGUGCAAGGAUCCAGUUGGAGUCGUAGAGGAUGUUUUAGUGCAAGUUAAUGGACUGGUUUUUCCUGUUGAUUUUUAUGUUUUGAAAAUGAAUGAUGAUGCAAUAGAUCAAUCAACUCCAAUUCUGUUAGGUAGACCAUUUAUGAAAACUGCUAAAACAAAGAUAGAUGUUGAUAAGGGUAUUCUUUCUGUUGAGUUUAAUGGAGAAAUUGCUAAAUUUAAUAUUUCGGAUGCAGUGAAGUAUCCUGAUGAUUAUCAUUCUCUUUAUCAUGUGGAUUCCCUAGUGCAGGAUGUUUUUGAAGAUGUUUUUGGCCUUGAGCCAAUGCCUAGUGAAGUGAUCAGUCCGACUCUUCUUUAUACGGUUGAUCCUCGACUUCUGACUAGAGGUCACAUCCGAGACGUUACACCGGUGAUUGCUCCUUCCACUUCUGAUGCUGAUAUGGUGGCUGAUGAUUCGCCACAUGCGAAAGAUGUUCAACUCUCUCUUCGUCUAAAAGCCCGAGUAUCUGAACUUGAGACUGUUCAUGGAAUCAUUGCGAAGCAGCUGACAGGGGCCCGUACUGAAUUGGCUACCGUUCUUCUCCGCUUGAGCUUGACUGAAUCUACUGCUGCUGAUGCUGCUAAGUCUGACAGUGAGAACCCCUCCAAUGUUUAG